UCUCUUGUCUCUUUCCCUUCUCGUUCGUUUUCCGCCGGGUGGUGUGGUUCUAGUACGAACAAAUAACAUUUUUUUACACAAAAUGGCAAUCGGAGACGUUAAAACUGCUCAAGGUCUUAAUGAUCUGAACACAUAUUUGGCUGAGAGAAGUUAUCUUUCAGGUUUCGUGCCAUCUCAAGCCGAUGUUCAAGUUUUUGAGCAAGUAGGCAAAGCCCCGGCCGCCAGCUUACCACACGCCCUUCGCUGGUUCAACCAGAUUGCUUCCUACACACCCGCCGAACGCAAGGCAUGGCCAGCUGGAGUCAGUCCACUGGCUGCCGGCGGCAAGCCCACAGCAGCUGUUCCCCCCGCCAAAGAUGACGACGACGAUGACGUCGAUCUCUUCGGUUCCGGUGAUGAGGAAGAGGAUGCGGAGGCAGCCAGAAUACGUGAGGAACGCCUUAAAGCAUAUUCUGACAAAAAGGCAAAGAAACCAGCCCUUAUUGCAAAAUCCUCCAUCCUUCUGGACGUUAAGCCCUGGGAUGAUGAGACUGAUAUGAAAGAAAUGGAGAAAAAUGUGCGUUCCAUUGAAAUGGACGGUCUCUUAUGGGGUGCGUCAAAACUAGUGCCAGUAGGAUACGGCAUCAACAAACUCCAGAUCAUGUGUGUUAUUGAAGAUGACAAAGUUUCCGUCGACCUGCUCACAGAAAAGAUCCAAGAUUUUGAAGACUUUGUCCAAUCAGUAGAUAUUGCUGCCUUCAAUAAGAUCUAAUCUAAAUAAAGUCAUAAUUUAUUAAGUUAAUAUUUUCAAUAAAAUCGCCUUUUUCUCA